AUGGAGCGCCACAAGCAGGCCGUCUCCAAGAUCGCCGCCGCCGUCCGCGGCUUCUUCGACCGGCGCGAGUCCUACCGCAUCUUCCACGGCUCGACCAACAGCACGCGGCCGCGCCCCGGCCCUGGCCAGGCCGGCGUCGUCGACAUCAGCGCCCUGCGCAACGUGCUCUCCGUCGACCGCGCCGCCCGCACCGCCCUCGUCGAGCCCAACGUGCCCAUGGACCGCCUCGUCGAGGCCACCCUCCCGCACGGCCUCGUCCCCCCCGUCGUCAUGGAGUUUCCCGGCAUCACCGCCGGCGGCGGCUACGCGGGCACCGCCGGCGAGAGCUCCUCCUUCCGCCACGGCUUCUUUGACGAGACGGUCAACUACGUCGAGAUGGUGCUGGGGGACGGGGAGGUGGUGCGCGCGUCGCGCAAGGAGCGCGCGGACCUGUUCCGCGGCGCGGCGGGCGCGGUCGGCACGCUGGGCGUGACGACGCUGAUGGAGCUGCGGCUGGUGGAGGCGCGCAGGUAUGUGAGGACGACGUAUCACAGGACGAGCUCGGUGGCGGAGGCGGUGGCGAGGGUGCGCGCGGAGACGGAGGACCCGGAGAACGACUACGUGGAUGGCAUCUUGUUCGGCAAGGACCACGGCGUGGUGGUGACGGGCCGCAUGACGGAUGAGCUGCCGGAGGGCCGCAAGCCGCAGACUUUUAGCCGGGCGCUCGACCCCUGGUUCUACUUGCACGCGCGCGACCGCACCAAGGCGCUGCCCUCGGCCGGCACCGUCGGCGCCAGCGGGACGGCGACCUCGUUCACCGACUACGUCCCGCUGGCCGAGUACCUCUUCCGCUACGACCGCGCCGGCUUCUGGGUCGGCGCGCAGGGCUGGACCUACUUCAAGCUCGUGCCCUUCAACCGGUGGACGCGCUGGUUCCUCGACGACUUCAUCCACACGCGCAUGAUGUACCGCGCGCUGCACGCCAGCGGCGAGUCGGCCCGCUUCGUCGUCCAGGACCUCGGCCUCCCCUACCACAACGCUGAGGCGUUCAUCGACUACACCGCCGACAAGUUCAACAUCUGGCCGCUCUGGCUGUGCCCGCUCAAGCCCACCCAGCAGCCGACCUUUCACCCGCACACCGGCCUCACCGAGCCCGUCGGCACCGCCGGCGCCGGCGCCCCCUCCGCCGAGGCUGGCGCCGAGCCGCAGCAGCAGAUGGCGCCGAUGCUCAACAUUGGCCUCUGGGGCUGGGGCCCCGCCGACUUUGAAGAGUUCGUGGACAAGAACCGCGACCUCGAGGUGAAGCUGCAGGCGCUGGGCGGGCGCAAGUGGCUGUACGCGCACACGUACUACGACGAGGAGGACUUUUGGAAGGUGUACGACAAGCCGUGGUACACGGCGCUGCGGGAAAAGUACGCGGCGACGACGCUGCCGACGGUGUACGACAAGGUGCGCAUCGACGUGGAGGCGAAUCGGCGAAAGAGGCAGGAGACGAGGCAGUCGCUCAAGGGGAAGUGGCCGGUGGGCGGGUUGUACGGGAUCUGGAAGGCGAUUCAGAGCGGGGAUUAUCAUCUGCACAGACGAGCGGAGUGGAAGUACAAGGGAGAGAAGAAGUAA